AUGACGGCCAAUGCGGUUGCACUCAAGUUACCGGAGUUUUGGGAGCAGCAAGCCGUGGCACAGUUUGCACAGGUGGAGGCGCAGUCCGCUCUGCACGACAUCACUGCGGAUGACACGAAGUAUUACUACGUCGUAGCUUCACUCAGCAGCUCCACUGCAUCGCGAGCUGGCCAAGAAGUGUCGUUUGCAUGUAAUUUCCGUGGUAAGAGUACCACACAGUCUGUGAAUGCUGUGGACAGUGGACACACUGGCUGCCUUCUCUUCAUUACGGAUGAUAUAUCAGGACGAGAUUUUCUCUGUGACACUGGGGCUCAGGUGAGUGUGCUGCCAGCAACACCUUUUGAUGCACAUUCUGAGCUUAAGAGCCACUUACUGGAGGCUGCUCCCGAUCGCUACCCUGUUCCGCAUAUUCAAGAUUUUUCGGCACGGCUAGCUGGAAAAGCGAUUUUUUCCAAGGUAGACCUUGUGCGGGGGUACCACCAAGUGCCAGUCCACCCGGACAACAUUCUGAAAACUGCCAUUAUCACCCCUUUUGGGUUGUUUGAGUUUUUGCGAAUGCCAUUCGGCCUGAAAAAUGCCGCUCACAUUUUUCAAAGGCUCAUGGAUUCUGUGUUACAGGGUCUGGACUUUCUUUUUGUCUACCUAGAUGACAUUUUGGUUGCAAACACAUCCAAGGAAGAACAUUUGUCGCAUCUCCGCUCACUUUUCGACCGCGCCGGCGUGGUUCCAUUGCCUUCACGGGUGGCUGCGGUUAAGGGUUUUCCAUUGCCGCCUACGGUUAAAGCUCUCCAAGAAUUCCUGGGAAUGGUUAAUUUCUAUCACAGAUUUAUUCCCAAAGCAGCUGAGCUUAUGUGCCCCCUCUAUAGGGCCCUUAAACGCGGUACCCUUUGUCACAUACUCAAGUGGUCCGAUGAAAUGAUUGGAGCUUUUGACAGCACUAAACAGGCUUUAGCAGAGGCUGCCAUGUUGGUGCAUCCACUUCCGGACAGUCCAAUCGCUAUUGCUACAGAUGCAUCUGAUUUCGCUGUUGGGGCUGUCCUGGAACAGUCGGUGCAUGGGCAUUGGCGGCCACUUGCAUUCUUUAGCCGCCAACUUCGUCCAAAUGAACAAAAAUACAGUGCGUUCGAUCGGGAGUUGCUUGGCUUUUACCUCGCCAUUCGACAUUUUCGUUUUUCACUCGAAGGCCGGCACUUCACUGCUUUUGUCGAUCACAAGCCAUUGACUUUCGCUAUGUCAAAGGUUUCAGAGCCAUGGUCUGCCCACCAGCAACGGCACCUGGCUUACAUUUCAGAAUUUACUACGGAUCUUCAACACGUUGCAGGGAAGUCCAAUGUGGUAGCAGAUUGCCUGUCGCAGCACCUGCUCACGAUGGUGCCCUUGGUGUCAACAUCAACUGCAGACAUUGCUCAAGCUUUUAUUGGCACCUGGAUCGCCAGAUUUGGCACCCCAUUGGACAUCUCCUCAGACCGUGGUUCCCAGUUCACGUCUGAGCUUUGGGCUGCAGUCGCGCAUAGUCUGGGCAUUAAGCUUCAUCACACUACAGCUUAUCACCCACACGCGAAUGGUCUGUGUGAACACUUUCACCGAUCCAUGAAGUCUGCCCUGAGAGAUGACAACUGGUAUGACUGGCUCCCAUGGGUGUUGCUGGGACUUCGUACGGCACCUAAGGAGGAUUUACUUGCUUGUUCAGCGGAAUUGGUUUAUGGCCAGACAUUUAGGGUGCCUGGUGACUUUGUGCCUGAUACCGACAAACCGUGGUCUGGCCCACCUAACCGUACCACCCUGCGCAGCCAUGUCUCCACUUUCGUCCCAGUGCCCACCUCUCAGCACGGCCUUCGCAAGACUUGGGUUCCCAGCGAUCUGUUGUCUACAAAAUUUGUGUUCGUUCGACAUGAUGCGCACAGGGGGCCAUUGAAACCUCCAUAUGAUGGACCGUUCCAGGUUCUGGAAUCCUUGGACAAGACGUUCGUUAUUGAUGUAGGAGGGAGGUCAGAAUGUGUCUCAAUUGAUCGCCUUAAACCAGCUCACAGAGACAUGGAUUGGCCAGCUGAGGUGGCUGUGGCACCCCGACGUGGACGACCUGCCUUUGUCAAGCUGUCUGGCAAGUUUGUUGUUCGAGCUUCUCCUGCUGAUAGCUCACUGCAGGUGACCCAUACAAGAGCGGCAUGCAGCAUUCGUGCUCCUGACAAACUGAAUGUGUAG